AUGGUGAUUAAGCGAACGGAAAUUUUGGAGAUGACACCAGAUCUGUGGGAGACGACGAAGAGAACGAAGACCAAGAGAAGAAAGAGAGUCACCAAGGAGGAGGAGGAGGAAGAAGAAGAAGAUGGGACCCCCAUCAGGGCUAUAUUCUGUCUUAAAACAAGACAGGAUAUGAAGAUUUUCGAGGAGAAAGAGGAUUGCUUUAUCCUCGAUUUUGAUCCCAACGAUUCAUUUGACUCACGGAAGCUCUCCUUCUCCGAUAACCCUGAAAGUGACAACGACGUCGCGAUUAUCCACGAGAAAGGCCAGGUGGCUUGCAGAGACUUCCCACAUCCAAGGCAUCUCUGCUUGAAAUACCCAUUUGGAUCCACUAACCACGCACUACAUUGUAAACAGUGCUUCUGUUAUGUUUGUGAUUUGGCCGCGCCAUGCCCACAUUGGACGCCUAGUUAUGAACCGCAUUGUGAAGCAUUAGAGAAUCAUAGGUGGAAGCUUCUACGGGAGCUGCACCGCGGCGUGAGGAAGUAG